CGAGAUUUGGUGUAUUUCAUCGAAGAAUUUGACCGAACCAUCCGGCAGCGGCACCUGUACAAUACGGAUUUCGGCUACCAUCUGAUGGAAAUGGAACGGAUCAUCGUAGCACUGAUGGGAAAAGUUCGAAACCAUCGAUAAUCACUGGUCAAAGGUCAUCGACCCGCCAAAGGAAAUGAUCUGCUGUGGUGUUGUAUUUCAAAAUGCUGACGUGAUGAGAGAACAUUACUUCCGUUAUCAUGGAACGGCGAGCUUGGUUCGACCAAUGUUACAAUCUGACCACGGCAAGCUGGAAUACAUGCUGCAACGGUGGCAAGGCUAUUUGCACUAUGGAAACGGAGCAUGAUCAGCGAUUGAUCGAGCAUCUGGAAAUACUGCUGGUGCUGGUUCGAAGUACAAUUGAACAGGAUACCAAACCAAAACCUGCGGAAACUGAGCCACCAGUUAAAAGCUAUCCCUUGAGAAGUGUCACCCCCCGAUUACGAAAAACGACUGGAGUACGAGGUGGGGUUCAAGGAUUAGUCUGUUCUGCCAAACAGUUUUAACUUGAAAGGGAAAUUAACGUUUUGAUGAAUCAAACUGAUGGUAUGAAUAAAGAGAAAUUGUCGA